AUGGCCCCAGCAGCAGAACCAGCAGCUCAAGCAUCGGUCCCAGCCCUCGAAUACCGUGGACCAUCCAAGGUCAAAUUCGACCCCAAGAUACACCUGAACUAUAUCCCACCACCAAAGAUACAUAAAAUGUCCGAACUGGGCAUGGCACACGUCGGAACCAGCGACCUAGCCGCCACGGAACCCUUCCAGCUCGCCACGGAAGCCGCCAUCGUCGAACUACGCCGCGAGCUCCUCCAGCCGAAUACCCUGAAAAGGCGGAUUCACUGGUGGCCCCGAUCACCCGCAUGUCUUCGCGGCUUUACAAAGGAAGAGGCACCCUUCACGCACGCUUUCUGGACAUCUCCCGAAGUGCUCCGGAUUAUAUCCAGCUUGUCGACGAUCGACAUGGAACCCGCCCUCCCUUACGAAAUCGGACACACCAAUGCGCAACUCGGAGCGAAGGGGCGAGAGGGUCUGAAAGACCUCCCACUGUACCCUGUUCCCGUACCGCCGGGAUGGGAAGAGGAGAAGGGCGAAUUCGACGAUGUCCCCGUUGACAACUGGCACACGGAUUCGUUCGCGUACUCGGUUGUGAUGAUGCUAAGCAACACCGAGAAAAUGCUAGGAGGGGAAACGGCACUGCGGAUGCCAGACGGAACAGUGAAAAAGCUCCGCGGUACGGAGAUGGGAUCCUGUAUUUUCAUCCAGGGUAGAAACAUGCCUCAUGCUGCGUUGAGAGCUCGGAAUACCGGUGAACGCAUCACGAUGGUAUGUCCAUAUCGUCCUGCGCAUCCGGCUAUUCGGGACGAGACAGAGAUUACGAACUCACUCGAGCUGAGCUAUCUUAAUGAACUAUAUGGGCAGUUUAGCAUGGAGCGGUUCAAGGUUGUUAAGAAGAAGUGCGAUUAUAUGAUUCGGAGACUGGAGGAGGACAAGAAGGCGGCGUUGGAGAGGGAGCCGGAGAAUUAUAACGCGGUUAUUAUGGAUCGGAAGGAGGUCAAGACUAUGAUGGAGGAUAUUAUUUGGUACCUGGAGGUUGCGCUGAAGCAGAUGGGCAUGGAUAAGGAUGAAUGA